AUGGCGGUGCGGUGGCCGUCGACCGCCGUGGCCGCGUGCGCGAUCGGCGCGAGCCUCCUGGUCCUGUGCACGCUCAUGGCGUCGUCGGCGUCGGCCCAGGCGCCGCCGCCACAGGUGCCCAAGGUGCCCAAGGGCAGCAACCUGGUGGUGAUCAAGCCGGGGGUCGGGAAGCGCAACAGCAAGUUCACCUGCACCGACACCAAGAAGAAGCGUCCCGGGUGCGAGGCCACCUGCCCCAGCCGCUGCCCCAAAGAGUGCCUCGUCCUCUGCCCAUCCUGCAUGACCUUCUGCCUGUGUGACUUCUACCCGGGGGCGUCCUGCGGCGACCCGCGCUUCACCGGCGGCGACGGCAACAACUUUUACUUCCACGGCAUGAAGAACCAGGACUUCUGCAUCCUCUCCGACGACGACCUCCACAUCAACGCGCACUUCAUGGGCAACCACAACCCUGCGACGAGCCGCGACUUCACCUGGAUCCAGGCCGUGGGUGUCAUGUUCGCCCACCACCACCUCCGCCUCGGCGCCGUCCGCUCCGCCCAGUGGGACUCCGCCGUCGACCACCUCGACCUCGCCUUCGACGACGAGCGCAUCGACAUUCCUCUCGCUGACGGCGCGCGCUGGUCCUCCGCCUCCGUGCCGGGCCUCUCCAUCACCCGCACGGCACAGGCGAACAACGUGGUCGUCGAGCUCAAAGGGGUGUUCCGGAUCGUGGCCAAUGCCGUGCCCAUCACCGCCGAGGAGUCGAAGGUGCACAGCUACGGCGUCACCGCCGACGACUGCCUCGCGCACCUCGACCUCGGGUUCAAGUUCCAGGCGCUCUCCGACGACGUCCACGGCGUGCUCGGCCAGACCUACCGCUCCGACUACGUCAACAAGCUCAACGUCACCUCGAAGAUGCCCAUCAUGGGCGGCACCGCCGACUACGUCUCCUCGGCCCUGUUCGCCUCGGACUGCGCCGUCACGAGGUUCGGCCGCCCCGCCGCGGCAACAGCAGCCACCGCCGGCGGCAUCGCCAUGGUCACCGACGCCAAUUACGUCUAA